AGCAAAAAGUAAGGGGCGGAACAAAAGGUUUUUCAUUGGUUAAAGGUACUUUUCCGGUUAAAUGCUGCCAAUCAGCAGUAACGAAAUGCAUAAACAGUUGCAGACGUAAUUUCCUUUAGUUUAGACAGCAGAAUGGCGACGGUAAGAUGUGUUGCUGUUAACAGACACGUGUUUUACGAUAGUUCAGUUUUGUUAUUUGGUCAAGUCAUCAAUUGUCAUUCGUAACUCUAAUAAUUACUUUACGUAAUUUGUGGUUGAUAGAGACACGUUACGGUGAGAAGCGAAGAUGACGGGGAUGACUGCAUUUCUAUUGAACAGUACCAAAGUGGUAGUUUGUAUAGGUGUCCCUUUUGUGCAGAUGUUUUGAGACCUGUUCAUAUGAUUUAUAGUCAUCUGCAGAGUCACAAAAUUCGAGCAAUUCAUCACGACCAUUUCAUAAUUUAUGACUGUCACUUGGAUUGCCGAAAAAAUAAGCACUAUCACUGCUGCUACUGUUCCAAAACGGUUAUAAACAAGUCCGAUUUCAUCAAGCACAUACAUUUUUGUAAAUAUUCUUCUACUCAUUGCACCAAGACAGCUCGACAACAAACUCCUCUUGCUACUCUAAACCAUGAGACUGCACCUCCACUUAACACUCUAAACAGUGAGACGGCACUUCCAGCUAGUGCUGUAAACCAUGAGACGGCACCUCCACCUAGCACUCCAAAGAGUGAGACGGCACCUCCACCUAGCACUGUAAACCGGCCGAUGGCACCUCCACCCAGCACUCCAAACAUUGAGACGGCACCUCCACCUAGCACUGUAAACCGGCCGAUGGCACCUCCACCCAGCACUCCAAACAUUGAGACGGCACCUCCACCUAGCACUGUAAACCGGCCGAUGGCACCUCCACCCAGCACUCCAAACAUUGAGACGGCACCUCCACCUAGCACUGUAAACCGGCCGAUGGCACCUCCACCCAGCACUCCAAACAUUGAGACGGCACCUCCACCUAGCACUGUAAACCGGCCGAUGGCACCUCCACCCAGCACUCCAAACAUUGAGACGGCACCUCCACCUAGCACUGUAAACCGGCCGAUGGCACCUCCACCCAGCACUCCAAACAUUGAGACGGCACCUCCACCUAGCACUGUAAACCGGCCGAUGGCACCUCCACCUAGCACUCCAAACAGGCAGAUGGCACCUCCUCCAAACAGGCAAACGGUACAUCCUACUAUCACUCCAAACCAAGAGACCGCCAAGGUGACAGUUGUUCAAAGAAAGCAGGAGCAAAGGGUGAAUUGUCCACACUGCAAUAUUUGUAUUUUAAAGAAAAAUCUUAAAAAACACACCCAAAGAGCUCAUUCAAAUAUUGAGCAUGACGUCACUGCACUGUCUUGUCUUCGAAGCCUGUGCAUUGAUGAAAAAAAUGGUGUGUUCGCCGUUUCAAAAUCUUCAAAAGGCCCUUGCAUUCCUGUCCAUGUAAUUAAAAAGACAUGGGGCAGUUCGCAUAAGGUGACUUGCGAUGUUGACAUCUGUAAUGCGCUAAUUGAUUUUAAAAGGAGAUCUGGUAUGCGAUCCUGUGAGUGUACCCACUUAAAAUCAGUUAAUUAUUGCAGAUCAGAUGCUUCAAAAGUUUCCUUACAGGAAGAGGUUUUGCAAGAAAUGGUCACCCAGAGAUGGUUUGCAGAGGAUCGCAAGAAACAGUGUAUAAAUUUGCAAAAAAAAGCAGAGGAAGAAGAUACAUGUCUUGCAUCUUAUGUUGACAUUGGAAGUGCAUCUCAUAUGCAUUACAUCUCCGUAUUUGAGCCAAAAGUUUCGUUUUAUAACCGUUUGGGCAGAAUUAUGGUUCUUUAUAAUGCCAAAAAUAACACAUGGCAUUGCCCUUGCAGUAGACCGAGGCACUCCUGCAUACACAAGGCAGUGUCCAAGUGGUUGCUUUUUCAAACAAAGCGAAAUAUGUUCAGAAAAGUGAAGAGCACUGAGGAGGACUUGGCCACAAAGUCUUUAUUGCCAGCAGAUCCUGAUCAUACUUUGGCAAAAGAUGAUUCUAAGAGCACUGUGUACCCUCCAACAAAUGAUGAUCUCAAGAAAAUGGUGCAAUACAUUUUCACCAUAAAAACGAUACCAUCUUCCCUUCCUUCAUCAACAACAAGUUUUUGUGAAAAGGAGUUCCCAAAAGUACUUGUUCCAGAUGAAAUGCUCUGCUCAAUGUGUUCAGAAAAAGUACCACUCAGUGACCCUUUGCUCAUCUCCAAGAAAGCCAAAAUUGUCACAACAAUUGGAAUAAUCGAAGAUGUUGAAACGUAUUGCAAGAAAUGCCCAGUGUGUGGCCUUUCAUAUCGCUACCAAGAAUGGAACUCUGGUCUGCAUAACUAUGAUGACCACAUCAUACUAAGUGUGAAAUUUUGUCUGCUGCUUAGAAGUUUCCUACAGUCUCACACUGCAGUUGAACGAGUCUGUAAAGCUCUUUCUGUAUCUACUGGAAUGCAUUAUCCAAGCAGCAAAACUGUGCUUUGUGCUUAUCUGCACUUUGAAGCCUUGACUGACCACAAUUAUCAGUUUUCCUGCUUAAAGUGUGGAUUCCAUCCAUCUGUUGUUAUCAUGGAUGCACAUCGAAAAGGAGUUUUUAGUAUGCCAGUAAGUGAAACUGAAAAACCGCCUGCAAACUUUAAUGGACAUGUAGAUGUGGAGGCGUUUUGGAAUUCCCUGAGAUUGGAAAUUAUUGCAAGAGGUCUUGUGCCAUGUGGGAACCACAAUCCAUUUGCUGUUAAACCAAAUUUUCACCUUUGGGCACCUUGGAUUGGAGUUAACACCAGGAAGUCUGGAACUGUUUUGAAUACUGAAUGGGAAAAAGUUCACCCAUCAACCUCUAAUCCAGUAUCUGAACUUCCAGUUUCUGAGGAGAGGCUAAUUGAUGAGCUGAUGAAACUGAAGGUAACCUUUUCUGACAACUUCUAAUAUUGUGAUAGUACUAACUGCAUUCUCAAUU